AUGAAUACUUCAACAGACCAACCGUCCAUCCCAACUUCAUCAGCAGCAGGCCCUGACGAAGCCGACCGUUCUGUCACCGAGAUCUCCCGGCCAGCAACAGUGACAGAACUUGUGGGAGACGCCCGCUGCUUUCCAUGCAGGCGACAGGGCAGUAGAUGCCAUGUCGAGCAAGGCUCCAGGUCUUGUCUGCAGUGCUCUGUGGCCGACGGCUGUAUCUUUGAGCGCCUCAUCGUGAAGCAGGGCCACCUUCUCGACUUUGUGUGGUCGGAUCUGAUCGGGCAAACAUCUACCAUCAAGAAGCAACCGAGUUCUACUGCUUUGCCAGCCAAGGACUUUCUGGUCGAGCCAAAUUUUACUGUUCAACAAGGCAAGGAGCGCCUAAGCACACCCGCUCUCCCCAAUAUCCAUGAAAUCUUACCUCGUCCCCUUUCGCACAGCGGUACUGUUGUCCGUGCAAUGCUGCCAUGGGCCCGGCUGGACGGUGCUUUCGCUCAUGCCCGUCGACGUGGCUCCUUUACCGACUCUGCAAUCUCAAAUAGCUCAAAUUUACCUCAAUCCCAUGUCGAAACUAUGGCUGGGGAUCAAACAGAGAACGCGGCACGCGCGACAUCGCUCGAGGCUGGAGCGACAGGUGCUACAUCAGAAAUACCCGCCAGGGCGACAGCAGAAAGCGCCGUCACCGCUAGGCGCUUUUCGAGCAGAUCAAGAGACCUCGACUGCUCCGAGUGUGACUUCGUAGCUAAAACUCGCUCAGAUCUAAAAAAACAUUUGGCCCGACACAAACGGGAGCAUAAAUGCAUGUUCUCGGAAUGCCCUCAAUCUACCAGGGGCUUUGCUACUCGCAAUGACCUUGACAGACAUCUCAAAUCCGUUCACAAGAUUAAUAACAGGAAAGCCAGGGUCUACAGGUGCUUCGCCAAAGACUGUAACAAGGCGGGAAAGGAAUGGCCUAGACUAGACAAUUUCAAGCAACACCUUCAGAAGGUACAUGCAGUGGAGGAAACAAGCUCGUUGGUCCAACUGUCUAAUGAUUGGUACGAGGACCAGUUUGGCCAGCAAGAGGAGCAUGAUGCUCAAGCAGUUCCCAAAGAGGUUGAGCUUUCUACAUCACCGCUCCCUAACCCACCAACAUAUCGUCUCGUCUCGAUUGAAGAAGGGGAUUGGCGUGAUCGACUUUCAACGACUUUCUUCUCCGGGGCUACGAGGGCCGGCUAG